AAUCAGAAAUAUCCCAAACACGAGAGAACGUUUUCAUACUUUGUUGUUUUUGUCGAAAAAUAUUGUACGAGAUGAAUCUCAGUCCACCGACGCCCCGUUUCUGAGGUUUUCUUUCACGCGGAAAUUCUGGUAAAAACGCACCAAGACGAACGAAAGCAAACGCGGGAAGUCACUUUUCCCGUUGGAGAGCACAACGAUUGAGAGAGAGAGAGAGAGGCAACGGAAACCGCUGACUGUACGUCCAGGGCGCGGAUCAGCGGCUUGGAGAUGGAAUCGAGAAGGCAGACGAAAGGCAGCCGGAGGAAAUCGCCGGCAAUGGAGGUGCUGAGGAAGUUGUGGUACCUUCUCCGGCUGUCGGUGCGGCACCCGUCUAGGGUUCCGACGUGGGACGCGAUCGUCCUAACUGCCGCGAGCCCCGAGCAGGCUCACCUCUAUGACUGGCAGCUUCAGCGCGCCAAGCGGAUGGGACGGAUCGCCUCCUCCACCAUCACCCUCGCGGUGCCGGACCCUCAUGGAGCCCGCAUCGGAUCCGGCGCAGCCACCCUCAACGCCCUGCGCGCCCUUGCCAGCAGAUUGACUCAGGUAUCACGUGCUGAAUAUGGCUUUUUACAAUCUUUCCCACUGCAUGACAGGGUCAAUGACGAAGUAACAGAUGAAUCAUUGGUUUUGAAGUCAAUGGUCAAAAUGCAUAUACUACUACUUCAUGCUGGUGGUGAUUCUAAGAGGGUUCCGUGGGCAAAUCCCAUGGGAAAGGUUUUCCUGCCUCUUCCAUACUUGGCUGCAGAUGAUCCAGAUGGGCCAGUUCCUCUGCUUUUUGACCAUAUAGUUGCAGUUUCCUCUGGUGCAGUACAGGCAUUUGAGAAAGAAGGUGGGCUUUUCAUUAUGACAGGAGAUGUUCUCCCUUGCUUUGAUACAUCAACCAUGGUUCUGCCUAAUGAUGCGUCUUGCAUCAUUACAGUCCCGAUCACCCUUGAUAUUGCUGCCAAUCAUGGUGUUGUUGUAGUAUCUGAGAAUGAAAUUUUGGAUCCUGCUACUGUGAGAGAACUGAAGUUGGUUGGGGAUCUAUUACAAAAACCCAGUAUCCAAGAGCUUUCUGAUAAGCUGGCAAUUAGAAGUGAUGGUAGGGCUUUGCUUGACACAGGAAAUAUAUCAGUUAGAGGUAAGGCAUGGGAGGACCUUCUCAGACUAUCAAGUUCAAGUGACCUGAUGAUUGAGGAGCUUUUGAGAAGCAGAAAGGAGAUGAGUUUGUAUGAGGAAUUAGUUGCAGCCUGGGUGCCUUCCAGACAUAAUUGGCUGAAGUCCCGUCCCUUGGGAACAGAACUAAUUAAUGGCUUGGGAAAUCAGAGGCUGUUCAGCUAUUGUGCAUAUGAUCUUUCAUUUUUACAUUUUGGUACUUCCAGUGAGGUUCUUGAUCAUUUAGAUGAGGCCCAUACCAGGUAUGUGGGACGCAGGCAUUUGUGUUCAAUACCAGCCACAACAGUGUCUGACAUUUCCGCAUCUGCUGUUAUCCUUUCAAGUCAAAUUGAUGCUGGGGUUUCAAUUGGGGAAGACUCUUUGGUUUAUGAUUCAUUGCUUUCAGGUGGAGUGCAGAUAGGUUCAAGAUGCAUUGUUGUUGGGGUUCACAUCCAAGAAGAAAAGGGAAAUGAAUCACUUCUUGAUGUAGCCCCUUUCACACUACCAGAUCGCCAUUGUCUUUGGGAAGUUCCUCUGUUAGGGCGAUCAGAAAAAGUCAUAAUCUUCUGUGGACUCCAUGAUAAUCCGAAAAAUUCAUUUGCUAGAGAUGGAACUUUUUGUGGUAAACCUUGGAAGAAGAUACUACAUGAUAGUGGCAUCCAGCCAGAUGAAUUAUGGAGCUCUUCUAGUACUGACGAAAUGUGCUUGUGGAAUGCCAAGAUUUUCCCCGUAAUGCCUCUGUCUGAAAUGCUUAGUUUGGCUAUGUGGCUGAUGGGCUUGAACGGCCAGCACCAUGAGCACAUGCUGUCUGCAUGGAGGACAUCCUACCGUGUCAGUCUCGAACAAAUGCAUAGAUCAAUUGACUUUAAACAACUCUGCAUGGAUUCUAGUAAUCAUCAAGCAAAUAUUGCAGCAGGAAUAGCCAAGGCUUGCAUUAAAUAUGGUUUACUCGGUCGCAAUUUGUCCCAACUAUGUGCAGAAAUUUUGCAGAAUGAGAAAACUGGGAUUAGCACUUGCAUGGAAUUUUUUAACCUGUGUUGUAAGUUUCUGGAUAAGAACUCCAGGAUUCUUCCUUUAAGUAGAAUAUAUCAGGUACAAGUAGACUUGCUUAAGAUGUGUGGGGGUGAAAUAAAAGCAAACCUAAUGGAAAGAAGUGUUUGGAUGGCAGUUGCUGAUGAAACUGCUGCAGCUGUAAAGUUUGGUCUUGAAGAUCAUCUCUUGGACUCAUUCACUGUAUCAGCACGUGAUGGCAAUGGUCGUUCCCCUUGUCAAUCAAAGCAUUUCCAUUCGUGUAAAGUUAAAGUCGAGUUACCUGUUCGUGUAGAUUUUGUUGGUGGUUGGAGUGAUACACCACCAUGGAGCCUUGAGCGUUCUGGUUGUGUUCUGAACAUGGCAAUACUUCUGGAGGAUUCUCUUCCAGUUGGUGCACAAAUGGAGACAGUACCAACUGGGGGUAUAUGGAUAAGUGAUGAUGCUGCUAAUCAAGUAUUCAUUGAUGACGCCACAUCUAUUUCUGCACCAUUUCACCAAGAAGACCCUUUUCGUCUUGUCAAAUCUGCACUGCUUGUGACUGGUUUUGUUCAAAGUGAAGUCGUACCAGGACUUAGGAUUAUUACUUGGGCUAAUGUUCCUCGUGGCAGUGGUUUAGGGACUUCAAGUAUCUUAGCUGCAGCUGUUGUCAAGGGCCUUCUACGGAUAAUGAAUGGAGAUGAGAGCAAUGAAAACACUGCAAGGCUUGUCCUUGUUUUAGAGCAGCUCAUGGGCACGGGUGGAGGUUGGCAGGACCAGAUAGGUGGUUUAUAUCCUGGUAUCAAAUGUACAGCAAGUUUCCCCGGGAAGCCUUUGAAGCUACACGUGAUACCAUUAGCUGCAUCACCUAAUUUAGUAGAGGAAUUGGAGCAGCGGCUCUUGGUGGUAUUCACAGGGCAGGUGAGGCUGGCUAAUCAAGUUCUGCAAAAGGUGGUGACUCGUUAUCUCCAACGUGAUAGCCUCUUGAUAUCUAGCAUUAAACGUCUCGCUGAACUUGCAAAAAUUGGUCAAGAAGCACUCAUGAAUGGCGACGUGGAUGAAUUGGGAUCUAUAAUGUUGGAGGCCUGGAGACUGCAUCAGGAACUGGACCCGUACUGCAGUAAUUCUUUUGUGGAUAACCUCUUCAAAUCAGCUGAAAAAUUUUGCUGUGGUUAUAAGCUAGUUGGUGCUGGUGGUGGUGGGUUCGCGCUGCUGUUAGCACGGGACAAGAACUGUGCUAUGGAAUUGAGAAAACUGCUUGAAGUGUCAAAUUUGGGUGUCAAAGUGUAUAACUGGAAAAUCCAUUUUGAUGGCUCUGAUGGUGAUAAUUUCACAUCAUUUUUCAGAUGAAAGCUAGUCUACUAUUUAUGAUUCAAACCUUGUUUUAGAAUGUUUUCUGUCAUGUAGUUACAUAAAAGAAUUACUCAAGAACCGGGUAUUGCCUGCCGAGAGAUUGCUUGAGUAAAUAUGUUGUAGUAUGUGUAUGAUAAUUAUCUCUUCAUAAUAA